GGGCAAUUGCUGAUAAGAUUCAAAAAGUCAUUUUUAUAACUUUUGGAAAAAAAAGUCUUUCGAAGAUUACUACAAAAUCUUUGGCAGAUAUUGUAAAAAACUGGAAAGAAUCAUAUAAAAUAAGAAAAGCAUAUCAAGAAUUUAAUGAUAACCAAUUCAGUUCUCAAAUUAAAGACGAAUAUAUUCAUCAUUAUGUAAAAAAAAUACUAAAGAAAAUGAAUGCUGAAGAAAAAAUUAAAUUCUUGAUAAAAGAAUUUGAAGUAAAAGCGGAAGAGGAGGAAGAAGAAGGGAAAGAAAGAGGUAAAAGACAGAAAGAGAAAAAAGGGAAAGAAGAAAAGGAGAAGGAAGAAAAGAAGAAGGGGAAAGAGAAGAAGUUGUUGCGAAAG